UACAUCGUGGUGUUUCGUUGUGAAUCGCAUCAAGUGGUAAAAGUCUUGCUUUUAUGACUAGUACGCCUCUCCCUUCAAAUAGGGGCAGCUGGGUAUGAAUAACAAAUACCCUGAACCCGCCCAUUUAAUGUUUAUUGAUCAGCUCUCCAGCAGGCCUAUCUGACAGCACUCACAUUCAGUCUGGAUAUGGCGUCGCUGCACCGACACGGGAUGCGUUUUCACCUCUCUGUGGGAAUUCGGCAGUCGCGUACCGGGACGGCACUUCUCGGCUCUCGUCGCUGUUAAUAGCGAUCAUACAUGGCGAUGGAGGACGAGGAUAAUAGCACAGCGGUCGUGGCGACGAACACCCAACAGAAAGGAGGUGAUGUCGGAGAUAACGGGGCUUGCAUAGACAGGCAGCCGGACACGGUGGUACACCAAGCGGGGCUGAAUCAGACUGCAGGUCGCGGCAGCCGCAGUGGUCCGGGAUAUCAUGCUGCGACGGGGAUCCGAGUGCUCAAGCAGCGCAACAUGAAGCGGAAUGGGAGUCGUGGCUGUGUGACGAGAAAGACCAGAUUUGGAUCAAGAGAGCGGGACUGGCUGAAGGGGGACACCCAGCGGGGCUGUGUGUGUCUGUAUGGGGGGACAGUGGACCCCCAGCCACCUGCAGCUGGUCCACAGGCCUCCUCCACCCCUCAGACAGACCUGCAGCUGGUGCUCUGCUCCACCAGUACCACAGUGGAGGAACUGUGUGCUCAGAGGGACGGACAGGGACUCUAUAUUCAGCUGCAUGGCGACUUAGUCAGGCGGCUGGACCCCUGUGAGCGCCCGCUCCAGAUGCUGUAUGACUACCUGGCAGCGUUGGGCUACGCAGAGCCUGUACGAGUGCAGCAGGAAGCAGCCAACUCAGACCUCAGCUGUUUGAUCCGUUUCUACAGUGAGCGUCCAGUGAAUGCAGACCAGCUGGAGCGGACCCUGCUGAAAGGCGUAUUCAGCGUCAGGAAGGGCAAGUCGCAGCUGCACAAGUGGGCAGAGCGGCAGGUCAUCCUCUGUGGCACCUGUCUAAUUGUGGCCUCCGUCAAAGACAGCCUGACUGGGAAGAUGCACAUCCUGCCCCUGGUGGGGGGAAAGGUGGAGGAGGUGAAGCGGAGGCAGCACUGUCUGAUGUUCAGCUCAGCCGGAUCACAGGCCCAGACAUACUUUGUCAACUUUGACACACUCGCAGACUACCAGCGAUGGCAUCGGCAGGCAUCAAAAGUGGUGUCUCAGACAGUCAGUCUGGUGGACCUGUCGUGCUACAGUCUGGAAGUAGUGCCUGAAUAUCUCUUUUACUGUCAGGAUAUCACCCACCUCAACCUGAGACACAACUUCAUGAGCCUUCAGGGGCCUGGAGGCCUGCUCAACCUCCCCAGGUUUUCUCAGCUGAAGAGUCUGAACUUGUCUCACAACCGUCUGGGUGUGUUCCCUGAAUGUGUGUGUGAGAUCCUCACCCUGACUGAACUCAACCUCUCCUGUAAUAGUCUCCACACAGUCCCUGUGGAGAUAGGCAACCUUCAAAGCCUGCAGACACUGUCUUUGGAUGGAAACCAUCUCAGCUCCCUACCUGAAGAUCUGGAUGGCCUGUCCCAGCUCAACAGCCUAGGGCUGUCCUUUAACAACUUCUCUCACAUCCCUGCUGUGCUGGAGAGGCUGAGUGCAGUGGACAAGCUGGCCAUGGCUGGGAACAGAGUGGAGAGUCUGGAGUUGUGUACUGUGGCCAGAAUGAGCCACCUGAAAAACAUCGACCUCCGAUUGAAUAGGCUGCACUGGGUGAAAAGUGAGAGUCUAGAGGCAGUGAGUCAGGUGACCCAGCUGGAUUUACGGGACAAUUGCUUAGACUCACUGGACCUGAGCUCAGUCUGCAACCUGGAGACUCUGCACUGCCAGCGCAACCAGCUGGGGACACUCACACUCAGCGGUUUCACACUGCGGAUGCUUCAUGCCAGCAGCAACCGCCUUACAACAGUCAACAUCUAUCCAGUCCCUAACCAGCUGACAUACAUGGACCUAUCACAGAACCUUUUGGAGUACCUUCCGGACUGGGUGUGUGACUGCAGGAAAAUUGAGAUGCUGGACGUCACGCACAAUCUCCUGUCUGAGCUUCCUUCCAGACUGCUCAACAGCUUGAGUUUGAGAAAGCUGCUGGCGGGGAACAACUGUUUGCAGAGAGUGCCUGACCUACUUGACCACAUCCCUCUGGAAGCCCUAGACCUCCAGCACAACAAGCUAGCCGAGCUCCCUGAGACUCUGUUUUACAAGGCCUUAAACCUAAAAUACUUAAAUGUAUCAGCCAAUGCCCUGGAAAGUAUUCCACCCAGCAGCCCAUCCGAGGAGAGCCUCAGCACACUCCAGGAGCUCUACCUGACGAGCAACAACCUGAAUGAGAACUGCGGUGCUCUGUUGGUCGGACACCAGAACCUGCGGGUUCUUCACAUUGCCUACAACCAGUUGCUCUCCUUCCCAGCCAGUAAACUGAGUAAGCUGGAACUGCUGGAGGAGCUAAAUCUGAGUGGCAACAAGCUAAAGGCUAUCCCCUCCACUGUGUCCAGCUGUAAGAGACUGCAUACCCUCAUAGCACACUCCAACCAAAUCACUGUCUUCCCAGAGAUCCUCAACCUGCCCGAGAUCAAGCUCGUAGAUCUAAGCUGUAAUGAGCUGACUGAGAUCCAGCUGCCCGACUCGCUGCCUUCCACUCUGCAAGAGCUGGACCUGACAGGCAACAACAGCCUGAUGCUGGAACAUAAAACCCUCAACCUCUUCAGUCAUAUCACCACCCUAAAAUUAGACCAGAAAUCCACCACGACAGCAGGAGACUCACAGAGUGCCUCCACUCCAUGGAACCACGGCUACUCUGAAAUGAGCGGGCAACGGAACAAGUUGUGUGUGUCCGUACUGGCUGUAGACCGGUUUGGAGACGGUGUGGAAGCAUGUUAUGGCAUCUUUGACGGAGACCGCAAUGAGGAAGUGCCUCGGCUGCUGCAGUGCACCAUGGGAGAUGUGCUUUGCGAGGAACUGCAGCACUCCAGUAUUGACAGUGUGUAUAUGUGCAACACUUUCCUCACCUCACACAGGAAACUAGGAAUGGCUGGCCAGAAACUGGGAGCUUCUGCCUUGCUGUGUUAUAUUCACCAUGAGCCUUCAGAUCCAGGAGGCUACUUUAGCCUCACUGUGGCCAAUGUGGGCACCUGCCAGGCAGUUUUGUGUCGGGACGGCCGACCUGUACCUCUCUCUAAGGUUUACAGCUUGGAGAACUGCACUGAGGAGAUGGAGAGAGUUAAACUCAGCAAAGCCAUUAUUACCGAGGAUAACAAAGUGAGUGGAGUGACAUGCUGCUCCCGCCUGCUGGGCUGCUCAUAUCUGUCUCCGUGGGUGCUUCCAAAGCCCUGGGUGCACACUGAGCCUCUCUGUACUCAGGAUGAGUUCUUGAUCCUGGGGAAUCGAGCACUGUUUGAACGAGUCUCCUACCAGGAGGCCGUGUGCACUGUGCAGGCUGUGCGGGAUCCUCGCGCUGCUGCCAAGAAGCUGUGUUCACUCGCUCAGAGUUAUGGCUGCAAAGACAACAUUGAGGCUGCAGUAGUAUCCCUGCAUAUUGGUGAGGACAGCUGUACCUGUGAGCCACCUAUCUCUUCCACUGAACCACGGGGUCCCCCUCCCGUCGCUGUGCCUGUGCCUGUGACUGUGACCCCAGGCCCCACUGACCCGGUCCCCCUGUCAUCCAGCAGCGGUAUUGUCUCUGAGUUCAACAGUGAGACAUCCGCCUCAGAGGUGGGCAGCGAGGCGGGCUCCACCGCCUCAGACGAGCACCCAUCCUCUGGCCCUGCGUCCCGUCCAGAGAGGCGCUGUAGCCUACACCCUGCUACUACACUGUGUGGGAUCAUGGUGCCAGGCUCAGUUGGGGCAGGAACCCACCCAGGCCUAUUCCAGCGGCAACCCUCCUGCGCUACGUUCUCAAGCAACCACUCUGACAACGGCUUGGACAGUGACGAUGAAGCUCCACUUGAGGGUGUGAUCUCCAAUGGCAGCAAGUUGGAAGUAGAGGUUGACAUUCACUGCUGUGCUUUCCAACUACGGUCAGGGGCCCCUGUGAGCCCCAAAGACCUGGACCUUGAAAAGCGAGGUUCUGAUUAUCCCAAUGGCAAAAUGCGAAGACAGAACAGCGUGGUGGUUUCUGCUACGAACGGCUGCCUUCUGGCUGUGUGUGGGAGAGAGAUUGCAGACCUCAAAAAGUCUCCUUCCACAUCCAGCCUGUUUGGGAAGAAACUGUCCAAUGGCUCUGUGGUAGCCCCCGAGGACAGUCAUAAUCUCAUUGAGGUGGCCCUGGAGGCUCCGAAGAAGAAAUCUGGCUACUUCACUGCCCCAGCACAACAGGACCCUGAGGACCAGUUCAUUGUGCCUCCUAGUCUGGAGCAGGAGGUCAGGGAGCAGCUAAGAGGCCAGAGCCCUCUAGUCUCAGGCCCCCCCUUACCAUCCAUACCCCCUUCCUUAAGAGACCCUGUGUGGGAUCAUCCACACCCACCUGCAUUUGCUUCCAACCUGGUCCCAGGUCCAGGACCGGUCCCCAUCCUACAGCACGAAGUCUACGAUACCGCCCUCUAGAGGGGGGACACAUCAGAGCGUCAUACGGCUGGAAUUCUGUGACAGUAAGAGCCAUUCCAGGGAAGAAGUGGAGAUUUUUCUGAUACAUGGGGGAUAUUCCAGUUCAAGUUGCUAUUCAGAUCUUUUGUGAGGACAAGACAAACCUGUGGGACUUUGAUAGUCACUAUGUAAUGCUGCGGCAUUAAGGUGAGGUAAAAAAAAAAGGUUUCUGUGCACGGUCUGACUAUCGGAAGAAAUAGGAGCGACUAAAAUCCCAGUUUAUAAAAUGACGUUGUGAAAAUGAUGGCUGGCUAUCGUAGACCAAAACAAGCCUGACUUGAGAUGGGAUACCUCAUGUGUUAAGACAUGUCAGCAACAUUUCCCUUUACUUGGAAAGCAAGCAAUCUAGAGAGUGUGAAUGAGAGAUUGUGUUCAGUGAGGUCAAACCUCCUCUCCAUGGGCUCCGUGGUCCUGAAGAGGUCCUGAAGAGAAGCCCUGUGACUGAAACUUGAAAAAGUGCCUACUGCAGACGACUCAGCCUAGAGCUCCCCCACAUCCAGGCUGUGUUUUGGGGAUGUGAGCUUGUUAAAUUCAUUUUGGAGGAGGGACAGUGUCUCCAAGAGACCCACACUGACACAGCUUCUGCUCUCCUCCUCUUCCUGUGGCUUAUAAAGGAAAUCAGACGAUAUAAAUGCUUGUAAGGCACAUAGGACUGGAAGAUGUGAAGACAAGAUAACUGCAUUUACAUAGCCAGAGACGUUAUGGUUCGGUUUUAUUUUUAACAUUCCCACACAAUAUGUAUAGAAUUGUCGAUAUAGGAUUAAUUAGUUCUAUACAAUAUAGUACACUCUCACAACUAGCAGCCAAAUGACGUGGUGUGCUUGAGCUGCUGACACCGAGAUUGAAAAGUAUCGCUAUUUAGAACAACGCAUUUUGAAUAGCUGUCAAAAAGGAUAUCAAAGUCAUUCAACUGUACAGAGCGGAUGUGUUGUCGAGUUCAAAAACCCUCAUGACAGUAUUAUCUGUGACCGCGCAUGAUCAAAUGGUCUCCUUAAGAACUGCAUAGAGGAAUAAAAGUUUAAUUUCAAUUUAGUCUGUUUUAUGGUCACAGAUUAGUGGACCCCAGGAUAUCAUUUCUUAUUUUAUUUUUUUUAUUUGUCAAGAGAUGAAGGAUGAAAGCAGUAUUUAUAUGUACUGUAAGAUAUUUCCACUGGUACUAAGUUUGUAUAUUUUAGUGUAUCCAAACUUUGGGGGCUGCUACCCUUUCAAAAUAUGUAAACAUCCAUCCAUGCAGAUUCAAUUAUUGUCAUUUUUACAUCUUAGCAAAUAUUGCUUUGCUCUUUUAUGCACUGCAACACAUCCAGAUGACUUCCAGGGUGUGUUAUCUUGGCCCAUUAUGAACGGAACUAAAUCUGGUCUGUAGUCACAAAAUCCCACAACGUUUGAACCACAGUUGUACAUGUAAGAGCAGAACUUAGGGAUAAAGAAACAAUUCUAUUUUUCACUUCCACAUAUUGCAUAUAUGCCAUUUCCUGAUCAGGGGUCAAUGCUUAGAGUUCAGAUCAAACAGUUGGUAUAAAAAAAAAGAAUCCGUGCAGCAACAGUAUAAGGUACUGCAGCAAGAAUACACCGGUUCAGUCCGUUACUAACUAGAUAAUGCAUUGUUCCUCAUUAAGUCACGUACAGCGCUUCAGCAGGUAAUAUCACGACUUCCUAAUCAUUUCCAUUUUUUCUAAUAUUUGUAAGAUUAAUCAUAUUUAUCUCAGCUGAAAGUAAAAAAAAAAUACAUUAUUUAUUUGAAUUAUCAGGUAAAUAUUAUGGAUCCCGUUCCUGAACCUCCCCACCUUGUGCCAAAAGAGAAAGCAGCUCUGCUGCAGUGGUUAUAAGAAGGCCAAAGUUGGGUAAUUGCUCAUGUCAGUGAUUACUACAUUACAUGUAUAUUUUUGCCACUCCAAGUCAGUAGUGGUGCAGUUCAUGGCAUUCCACAGCUGUUGCAUAGCUGGACCUUUCCGUGUUCCCUUUUAGCCUUAAAGUAAACACUUCUCAGUAUUUUUGAAAGGAGAAGCCCUUUGUUUCAUUCCACUCAUGUUCUUUUUGUGACUGAGGUCUUUCGCUCCGGGCUGUUGUUUAUCGAAGAAGCCCCUCUGCCCUUUCUCUGCUCCACAGGAAUGAGUGAUAAGUCAGUGAUGAAGCCUUAAUUGAUGUGCCAGUUUUUGACUCAUGGUUAAAAGCACUUUGUACAUAUAAAAUAGUUAUAUUCAGAGUUAUGUAUAUUUGAGUUUAAUAUAUGAGAUAUUUUUCAACAUAGCGUGCUUUGAUUAUUGUGGCUUCCCUCAGUCCAACAUAUCACCUCUUGUCUAUGAAUACAUAGCCAACACAACAUGUGCUUACUUAGAGUGACAUCAAGACAAUUCACAUUUACUCCAUGGUGUGUUUUCAAUGUGACAAAUAUUUCUUUUGUUGUUGAAGUUUCUUUUGUUUGCUUUCAGUAACAUCCGGAUUUUACUGAAUGAUAUUUACAUUUUUGACAUCAGCACCACAAACAGCACUAUAUAUGUUUUCAACCACACUAACACUAUCUGCUGACUUUACUCUUACUCUCUAUAAAUAUGAAUUUGCCCCCCCUCCUGGCAGAAAACGAGGCAAUACAGUUAUUGUUUUUUUAUUUAUACCCAGUAUCGAUAUUUAGUUGAAACGUUGAGCUCAUUGCUUCCUCGACAUCUGGCGUAGCUGGAAAUGUUUUUUGAAACCUCUCUAUAAUAAUUACAUGUAAUGAAAGCAUUAGUCUAAGAUAAUAUUUACCAUAAUCCACAUCAAGGACCCGGUAUUGUCCUUAUUGUGCUUAUUUAGAAUUCAGACACUGAUUCCAACUGACGUUUUGAUUUUUUUCUUUUUCUAAAAUGAAGAAUGGGAAAGCAUCAUUUAUUAUGCGGCUAAACAUUUGCUUCCAGUCACUUUACUGAUCAGACUGUGCAGUGUCGGAGAUGCCAAACACCCGGGACCGACACAUGGUGUCAGGCGUCUGGACCGAUGCCACUGAAACAUGGAUGGGCGCUACAAGGUGCAGCUAGAAAAGCUGAAAGACAGAUUGUGAUUGUGAAUAAUAUUGACACACAUCUGAAACAAGUUGGAAGACUGAACUGUCGAGCACGUUCGGAGAGGAGAAAUUGAACUUUCCAUAAUGUUUGAAACGAAAUGGUGGGAAUUGCUGAUACAAAUAUGCAAAGUGUCAACUGUAUAUAUAUAUUCAUGUAUAUCAGAAUAUACAUUUUCAUUUUCAUCACCUAAAACUACAAGAAUCCUAUUUCUCAAUAUGUCUGAAAAUACAUAAUGACUGGUGUAUGUACAGUAUGUAUGAUGUGUGUAAUUUGGGAUUGUGUGUGCAAGUUGCAUUGCUCUUUUUUAUUUUCUGAGUAUGUCCCUUGCUUUGGCUCAUUUGCAGUGUAGUUGAAUUAGUUUGGGCUGCAUUGCACUGCUACAUUUAAUGCUAUUCAAAAUCAUCUUGGUCAUCUUUUCUAUAUAGUUCUACAUUCAUUCCGUCUGUCUUCUGGUUCACACCAUAUAUAUUCACUCACUGUCCUGUCCAAUAUAUGUUUCCAACUUGAAGUAUAUUUGAAUAUUGAUCCAUCAGUGUGCAUGUACAUAUGCGGACUGUGUGCGUAGAUACAGGAAGAGGGAGCACAUGCAGGGUACAGUGCAUUGGCCUAAAAUAUUCCCUUUAAUUCUUAAGUGGAGGGGGUCCAGUGAUGAAAUGCUCCUCAUCCCCUUUGUGCACCAAAAUAGAGAGUAUGUGCAUUCGAGUAGGCAACAGUGUUUUUUUUAAACUGCUGAUUCAUUUCUGAACAGUAAGGGAUCAUCUUCUCUCUGCACAACUUGACAAGCUCCCUGUACCACUACAUUACGAAAUGUCUGUUUGUUUGCAAAAAUGAAGCUUAAGUGCACACGUUCAGUAAGUGUAUGCAUGCCCGUGUGAAUAAUGGAUUGACUGUAAUUCUGCGUGGGUAUGGUGAAUGAAACGGAUCCGAAAUGCUCCAGUUGUUUAACAUGUGACCAAAGUAGCCAUUGUUUAAUCUCACGGUUCCUUUCUGUACUGUACAUUAUUUUCUAGAAAUGCUUGAAUAUUUUUUCUUGAUGCCAAGAAUCUGGUGUUUAUUUUUGUACAUCAUUGUUUCAUGCAAAUUUAUAUUUCCCUCUCCACUACAGAAUUUAAAGUGAUUGGGAGUCUGCAGAAAACUCUCUCUUGUUGUGGUACUUCUUUUGAAGGUACUAAUUAAAGCUGUAUUUAAUGUUGAAAGCAUGCCCUAAAUAUAAAUCCAAACAUAAAAGCAUAGAGUACAUACAAAAUAUGAUUUAUUUGUACAAAAUGGAGCAUAUCUAAUAUUUUGAGUUUUUUUAUUCUAUCAUGCAGAUUACUGAUACAUUUUAUGUUUAUUAAUCAAAAGAUGUAUUAUUUAGGAACAGGUCUAACAAUGAGCACUUUUGCUGUGUGUCAGACAGAAUUGUACUCCCCUUAAACUUUGAGAGUGGAGGAUGGUCGGUAUUUUUAUUUGAAAUGCUGCUAUCAUUAGUUUUAAGCAGACACGCUGUUUUUAAAUUAACUUUAAGCCAAGUAGCAAUAAAACUUUUUACUGUGAAUUUUUUUGUCCUGUGUCCAUUUUGCUCACCGAUUUUAUGAUGAUUUCAUGCCAAUAAAUAUCAUCAAAAUGA